AUGAGCGAGGAAAAGAAGGAUGAUUAUAUACCUGUAUUCCAUUACAGAGGCGCAUUGAGUGAAGCCGAUGUGGAUAAAAUGUUGGAGAUGGAGUUGGAGGCAGAGGCAGAGGCAGAACAGCUUGUUAGAGGCUUUGUAAAGGAGACAAAGAAUAAACGUGGCAGAGGUAGACCACGCAGGACAGCCUCAGAGAGGGCCAGCAGCAGUGGUAGCAAGAGGAAACAUUCAUCUGAAGACUACGACGACAUUGACUUUGACCAUCCCGCCUUCUCUCAAGCGUCACAAUCACAAUCACAGCAAUCACAGUCACAGCAGUCACAAUCACAAUCACAACAACAAUAUACCAGUGAAUCACUGGAGGAUUCAUCAUCACCAAUAAUGGAUUCUUGUACAUUUGAUCAACAAUCAACCGAUAUUCAUACAUCCAAUCAAUCAACGAUCGCCACAUCAAGCAACGACAUAAACAACAACAAUAACAAUAGUAAUAGUAAUAACAAUGGACAGUUCAUAAAUUUGGAUGAUGAUGAUGAUUGUCUCAUUGUGACUCCUUCAAUAACAUCAUCCCUGUCAUCAAUGCCAUCGAUGUCGGCACUGGGCCUUUCAUCAUCUUCAUCAUCCAUCUCGAACGUAUACCAAAUAGACGACCCUUACAUCCCCACGCCUUCACGAUCCAAACACUCAUCCAAGAAGCAACGACAAAACACAUCAUCACAGCAACUGCUACAGCUGCAACAACUGCAACAACAGGCACAGAUGGUGCACCAAGAGCAACAAGCACGGGCAGAGAUCUCCAAGCCCAUUGACCUACACCUAAAGCUCGUUGGUGAGCCAACUCAAACGAUGAGCAUCAACAACAACUCACCGAUCAAGGAACUUGUUGAGAAGUAUUGUAAAGCAAAGCAUUUGGAUUAUGAGAACAUACAGUUGAAGAUGUAUGGAUUCGCGCUGGAACACAGCAAGACACCAAUGGAGUUGGACCUUUUCGAUGGCGACACAAUCGAUGUGACGAUCAAAGAGGUGGAGGUACCAGCAGAGCUCGACCUCACCUCCUCGGCGACACUCCCCAUGUCAGACACGCCCUAUCAAGAGUCGAACGCUGAUGACACCAACAAGCUGUUACUCAUUCUGCGACAUGAAGGAACAUCACACAAGUUUAAGAUUGGCAAGGGUGAUACGUUUGAGAAGUUACUAUCUGGAUUCCAGAAGAAGGUGACUAUUCCCGCUGGCAAGAAGAUCACAUUGAAGUUUGAUGGUUUGGCGCUCAAUCUAAAGAGCACGCCAGAGGAUGAGGACAUGGAUGACGACGAUCUUAUCGAUGUUUCAAUCAAAUAA